AUGCCUCUCGAAUGGUUGUUUGGCCGUCGCAUGACGCCAGAGGAAAUGCUGCGUCAGAACCAGCGGGCCCUGAACAGAGCGAUGAGAGAUCUAGAUAGAGAGAAAGCAAAAAUGGAGCAGCAGGAGAAGAAAAUAAUUAUGGAUAUCAAAAAGAUGGCAAAGGAAGGCCAGAUGGAUUCUGUGAAGAUUAUGGCCAAAGACUUAGUUCGCACUCGCAAAUAUGUGAAAAAAUUCAUGCUAAUGAAAGCCAAUAUCCAAGGAGUAUCCUUAAAAAUCCAGACUCUUCGUUCCCAAAACUCCAUGGCCGAGGCCAUGAAGGGUGUUACAAAGGCUAUGCAAAAUAUGAACCGGCAAAUGAACCUGCCACAAAUCCAAAGGAUCCUUCAGGAGUUUGAAAAGCAGUCAGAGAUUAUGGAUAUGAAAGAGGAAAUAAUGAAUGAAGCCAUGGAUGAUGCUAUGGAAGAUGAUGGCGAUGAAGAAGAAACCGAUGCCGUUGUAUCUCAGGUGCUGGAUGAGCUUGGCCUGCAGCUAACAGACCAGUUAUCAGGACUCCCUGAAGCCUCUGGAUCACUGGCAGCUUCUUCAUCCAAAACUCCUGCUGCUGCUGCGGCAGCUGCUGGUGGCGGUGGUGGUGGGGCUUCGUCACCAACUGUGUCUGAUGCUGAUGCCGACCUUCAGGCUAGGCUUGAUAAUCUACGUAGGGAAUAAUAAAUAAUAAAUGCUUCUGUGCUGAUGGUGGCACAAAUACCAAUUUACUAUUUAAGAUAAGAAAGAACACGUGGAUGAGACACCCAGGGAAAUACUUUUUUGAAGACCAAGCACUACAAGGUUUAAUCUAACUUGGCCUGUCCAGUAAAUUAAAAUUUGGAAGAAUAGGUGAUUUUCUUUUUGUGUUUUUGGGGAAUUUUUUGUUGAAUGGGCUUUGUUAUCUGCUUACACUAUGCCAAGUGUCUCAUGUUAUACUUUUUAAUGUCGCUCUUGUUUAAUUUCACUAAGGCAGUUACUUUUGUAUCUUUCACAAUGUGACUAAUUUAAUCUUAAUGACUUAUAUCGUCCAUAUGAUGUCAUACUUUGUGUGUAAAGUGUGCUCCCUGUUUAUAAACAACCAAUUGGUAUGUGUCUUGAUUGAUGACUGAGUAAGGAAACAAGGUAGAAAUUUCUAGCUUCAGUAUUUUAACUAAAGUUUUUGAACUGUUUUACGUUCAAGGAUCUGGACAAAUAUAACACAUUUAAAACAAUGUUACUGUUUUUUUAAAAGUCAGAAGUCAUUCACUUGUUGUGAAAUUAAGGAAGUACCUUUCAAUCUCAUGAGUUUGCAGCUGUGCUACCAUCUUUUAUGACACAAAAGUGUUGUAUGAUGCUUUCUUUCUACCUGUUAGCUUGGUACUUCCAAAGUUGCUGUGAUAAGUUUGCUUUUUUUUCCAUAUUAUUUCUGUUGUUGCAAUUUACUGUGCAGCAUCCAAUUUAAAGAGACAAACAAAGAUCAUAUGCUUAGAACAUUUAGUAUUUUUAUGCAAAUCAUUUUUUUUUGUUUUAUAUAAAUAAAAUUUGAAACCUAUUAAA